AUGCAGAAACGAGCACUCACCAUUAGCAUCCUAGUGGCACUAGCUGUCAUCGUUGCAGUUAUCGUGAUCGCGGUGACGGUGUCGAGCUCGAAGGCCUCGACGAAAUCAAAAGAUGACGCUAAACGAGGGAAUCCAACAGAUGAAACGGUGAAGCCACGCACCAAGAAGCCUCUACGUAAGUUCAAAACGGACAACUCUAACAGUGGGUCGUCGGAUGACGAGGAAACGACGGACCCUUUAACGGAGAAUUACUCUGUGUCCGCUUUGGCUAUUGGAGAUUGGGGUCGUACAAUUGCCAAAGACGGUGGAUCUUGUUGCUCACGACGCAAAAGUUUCACUGUGUUGGACUAUAAUGCGAUGGAAUAUGUGGCGAUUCUACUGGGUCAGGCUGCAGCAGUAGCACAGCCUCGUCCGUCCGUUGUGAUCGGCCAUGGCGACAAUUUCUACUGGGACGGUCUACACGGUGUCACGGAUCAAGCGUAUCGUUUUCAACAGACAUUCGAGGACAAGUACAACGCGCCGAGUUUGGCUGGGAUUCCAUGGGUGAACGUUAUGGGGAAUCAUGACUACGGAGGCGCUAGUUACGUGUGUACUGAUGGAGAACAAGCCGUGGAAUGCUCUUCGACUAGCGAAUUAUUGGCAUCUCUGGACCAAAAGUUCACUUUGCAGUCACAAUAUGUGAGUCCUCAGAACAACCGAUGGAUCAUGCCAGACCAUUUUUUCGUGCACUCGAUCGCUGAUCCAAUGUCAAAUUUAACAAUUGAUAUCUUUAAUUUAGACACAAAUGACGCUGACACGCACGGCGCACAACAAAUUUGCUGUCAAUGCUACGGAUAUUCCGGAAAAGAUGACGAUUCGUGCGAGAACGUGAAGCGUGGCGACAGUCUCUGUGCUGGAGGCAACAACGGAAUGUUCGAUGCUUGUAUGGACAAGCUCCAAGCUUGGGGUGACGACUCUAGAAACAAACUAGUGGAAGCUGCGAAAGCCUCGAAUGCGACUUGGAAGAUCGUGAAUACGCAUUAUUCUCCAUACAAUCAUUACGCUCCGGGUCCAGCUGACAAUUGGCGCGAAUUACUGGAUGGUCUUGGUAUCCAGGUCUUCCUCUACGGCCAUACCCACGGCGAGAAACACGAUUACUCGGCGUUUAAGACCCAUUUUAUCGAGAAUGGAGCGGGCGGAGGUAUCCAGAACGAAUCACCUAGUGGAAUUCCACCUUAUGCCGAAGAUUAUGUAGAGAACGUUUGGGCCGCUGGUCAUUAUCCGUAUGGCUUUUUCACGCUUAACGUUUCCCCUACUUGGUUGAAAGUGAGUUUUAACACGUUCGAUGAUAGCUGGGCGAUGACUAAAGAUGUGGACGCUACGGGUGUCGGUGGGAUUGCUAUUAAACACUGCUGGUACAUCCCUCAACGUGGAGGAAAAGGUAAAAGCUGUGAAGGUGCUGAAGCGCAGUCUACGGGUUAG